CCAACCAAUUGAAACGUAACACAUGCGUCCGUUUGAGUGUUAACUAAUAGUAAUUCGUUUUUUAUUCAUUUGUUAUGUUUAACUAAAUGUGCUUUUAACAAAGUUUGGCUUGAAACUUUUAUUUAUCUUAUGUUAGGAAAAAGAACAGAAUAGGAGAGGAGCAAGAGUAUGGACAACUACAAAUUCGGCACAGUGGACUACGUAGUGUUGGUGGGCAUGACUAUAUUAUCCACGGGAAUGGGAAUAUAUUUCGGUGGCUUCAAGAAAAAACAAAAAAACAAGAAAAGUGUUUCAGAAGACACCAGAAGGACCAAUUUUGGAUCUGAGAAGAUAGACGAGUAUCUUAUGGGUUCUCGAAAUAUGAAAGUGAUCCCAGUAUCCAUCAGUCUUAUAGGCAGCUUCGUAUCGGGCGUUACCAUUAUUGGAACUCCUUCUGAGAUCUAUCAUUAUGGCACCCAAUAUUAUCUCAUCAUCUUAGCCAUUAUUCUUCAAGGAAUAGCCUUCUCCUAUGUGUACUUGCCCGUGUACUCGGCUCUUCAAAUCGGAUCUGCAUACGAGUACUUGGGAUUGCGAUUCAGCUCGAGCAUUAGAACCACAGCAUCUUUUAUAUAUGUUUUCAGUAUGCUUACUUACUUGCCAUUUAUUGUGUAUGUUCCGGCAUUAUCGUUAAGCCAGGUUUCUGGUAUUAAUACCCAUCUGAUUGGACUGGUAAUCAUACUCGCUUGCGUUGCCUACACAUUUAUGGGUGGCCUGAAGGCUGUGGUCCACACGGAUGUUUGGCAAGUGGCUGUUAUGUUUCUCUCCCUGGUUGCGGUUGCUGUUUUGGGCAUAUACUACUCUAAUGGCUUGGUAGCUGUUUUCGACGACGCGGAACAGGGUGGACGAUUGAUGCUGGCCAACACGAACCCAUCUCCCUAUGUGCGCCAUACAGUGUGGAGCGUUCUCAUCGGUGGCUUCUCAUUCUGGACCUCCGUUAAUGCCGGUGGUCAGCAUAUGGUGCAGCGAUAUAUGUCACUACCUUCACUGAAGAAAUCUCGGCAGGCUUCAUUCCUCUUCACCAUUGGAGUGUCCAUCUUCAUCGCUCUUUGCUGCUUUAUGGGUUUGCUGCUUUUCUCGAAAUACAAGGACUGCGAUCCUUGGAGUGCUGGCAUGAUUUCGAAUGACGAUCAACUUUUGCCCUUGUUUGUGGUUCAAAGUGUUGGACAUAUUUAUGGAAUGCCUGGUCUGUUUAUAGCCGGAAUAUUCGGAGCAGGCCUGAGUUCACUUUCCUCGUGUUUCAACACGGUUUCACUGGUCUUCCUGGAAGAUAUAGUCCGCGGAUUCUUCAAGAUGCAGCCUAGCGAAAGGCAGUCCACGAUACUGAUUAAAACGUGCAUUAUCUUCCAGGGAAUUUUUGCCUUUCUUCUAUUAUUUUUACUACAACACUUGAGAGGCAUUUUGAGUGUCUGCAAUUCGAUAUCCUCGAUUACGGCAGGCACUUCCUUUGGAAUAUUCACAUUAGGAAUGUUGUUCCCAUGGGCAAACACAAUAGGCACAGCCGUGGGCGGAUUGUCUAGUGUCCUACUGGCUGGAUGGAUUUCAUUUGGAUCGCAGAUCUCCGCAGCAUCGGGUCAACUGAAAUCUGAAAUGCUUCCAGUUUCCGUGAAGGAGUGUGUGGGAAAUGUGACGCUACCCGAAGGGCCUUGGGUGGAUCAGAAUCAAGUGUUUCCUCUGUACCGUCUAUCUUACCAUUGGGUUAGUCCCAUUGGAGUCGUCACAGCAGUUGUGGUGGGAGCAUUAGUAUCCUUGCUAACUAAACCCCCAGAUAUCAAAACACUUCAUGCUGAAUUAAUAUCCCCAGUGAUCCAUAGAUUUCUUCCAAGGGAAUGCUUCAGAGGUCGCAAUGUAAAUGAGAGGACUGAAGAAAGCCUAAUACAGUAA